AUUGAACUACUUGCUAUCCUUGUUCAUGAUAUGAAUCAGCAAUCACCUAUGCAGGAACUGACAGCAAAGGAUUUUGCAGCUGUGAUUUAGGAGAAGAGAACAACAUCUUUCUUUGAUCAUAGAGACUAAUAACAGGAAGUACCCUUAUAUGAUCAAAUGUUUGCAGGUUAAUAAACAAAAGUUCUUACACUGUCUUUGAGCACCUGAGACCUCAUUUCACCUAUGCAUUUAAAAUGUGAAGGACAACCCAAGAGGCAUUUGCUUACAACAGGAUGGAGUGCGUUUGUUACAUCAAAAAGAUUAGCUGCUGGGGACAGUUUGAUGUUCCUGAGGGGAGAGAAUGGGGAAUACGAGUCUGUGUUCGGCGUGGUGCUCAUCAACAGUUUGCUAUGCCAUCGGUAAUUCCAAGUCAGAGCAUGCACCUAGGAGAUCUAGCAACUGCAUCGCAUGCUGUGGCUACCUGCACCCUCUUUGUUGUCUCCAACAAGCCGACGUAUAAUUUUUCACUUUUCCUUUGGAAAGCACUUUGUGUUUUAGAGACCACACGCAAUUCAUGUUGUUAUUUCAUUGACAAAAAUUAUUAGGACGAGUCAAUCAUAGGCUUGAACAAAUAUCUACAAGCUGUCAACAACUGUAAUGACUUCAAUUUCUCUCUAUGGUCUUGCUUAAAAGUUUUACUUGGGUCAAGCACAAUUUCUCUCUAUUGUUUUCGAAGAGGUAAAACUUUAUUGUUUAGAGGAAGUAGGGCUGAAAAUGAGCCGACUUGAGCUGAGUUUUUUAAUGUUCAGGUUCGUUGGUUAAAAUUUGUAGCAAAAAAGAGCCCGAGCUGAGCUUGCAUAGGUUUUAGUCGAACUCAAGGUUCUUUAUGAGCUAAAACAAGUCAAAGCUCAAGGCGAGCUUGCAUAGGUUUGAGUCGAACUUGUACUUUUUUUUACAAGCCUUAACAAGUCAAAAUAUCUGGGUGCAAACCUUCAUCCUAUAACAUACAACCAACUUUUUUUUUGAUAUCGUAAUCACGGAAAAGUAGUUUUUAAAUGGGUAAAAUUAGUAUAGAUGAGAAAAAGUUGGAGAAACUACGACAGAGGUCUACACUUUUUGCAAAUUUUGUAGUGGCAGUCCAAGCUUAUAAUCAAUUUCGAAUUCAUAGUUGCUUCACCGCUAUUCUUGCCCUUGACAACGUCAGCUCUGAUCAAUUUACUCUCAUUUGUUCAAGACAAUGGGUUUGAAGAUCGGUUUAUGCAGAUUUUCAUAGCAGGUUUUGGGGUGGUGAAUCGUUGGCCUGUGUAUGAAGCAGUUUUCUUCAGAAAUGAUGUUGGGAAGAUGCCUAUGAAGAUUACCGUGAUAUCAGUAUAUUGGUUUCAGUUAAUUUCUAUCCUAAGGAGAUGGGGAUAAGGCCAAAAGUUCAGAUUUGCCAGGUGACACUCAAUAUCCAAUAAGGACGGGAAGCCAAAGAGGAAGAACAUAGUUUGGACUGAAGAGAAUGAGUUUUUCAAGAUAAUGAAGGCUACAAAGUGGAUAAGGGUUCCAAAGACCAAGCAUAUACUGCAACAUGUUCAACUGUGAACUUGAGUUUUAACCUUUUUUGACUCGCAAUCAUAUUGCUAUAUCGUCUAUACAGAUUCAUACAAGAAAUGUUGAGUAAAAGUCGUUUCUCUUGGAAUCCAGUGAAAAAAACGGUCGAGUGCAGCGAUGAAGUGUGGGCUACAUAUGUGGCUGCAAAUCCAGAUGCAAAACAUUUACGAGGCAAGAAGAUUGAGAUGCUAAAUGAACUAGCUAUUAUGUGUGGCAAUGAUCAAGUAUGUUCAGCAAAGGAUCUUAAUGCUAACUAUUCGAGGAAAACUAAUAUCAGUGAUGAUGAGUAUUCACCUAUAUCAGAUUUCAAUGACAAUGUGGUGGUAGAAGACUUAUGUGACAUUAGCACAGGCGGCGGAAAUGGAUUUCCAACUCAACAAGGGAAUACUAGUAGCCAAAUUCCAAUGCUAGGCAAGCCUAGCCGUGGACCUGCAAAGCCACUGAAAUAUCGCUCAACGAAACCAAAAGGAACAGAGCUCAUGUCUGAAACGAUGGCUUCAGUUGUGACUAACAUGGCGAGACUUGCUGAUGCAUACGAGAAGAGUUUGCCUUGCAUAGAUUAUAAUGAGAUUUACAAGGCUCUAGUGGAUGUUGAUGAUAUUGACAUCAAUAGCCGGAUGAAUGCGUUUUACUUUUUGAGUAAUAGAAUGCAGAUCCUAUAAAAGCAAGAGCAUCUAUUAUUUACCCUCAGGAGAUGCGUUGCUUGCUUUUACUGGGAUGUGUGUACAGAAGAAGCAUACAAACAUCAGUCACAAGUCUUUUAGAGGUUUUCCUGGUUCCAAACAUGUAUACAUUUUCAAGGUUUCUUUGUCU